AUGCCAGACCCAGUGAUCAAGAAGGAGCAAAGUCCAGAGGCUUCGGUUAUGGCUAUGCCGCCAAUGUCUACAGCAGUGUCUACAGCUAUUACUCUUACCGCUCCGGCCAUUUCAAUGAGCGAUACAGAGGAUGUCAAGCCGCCGAAGCUGAGACCGAAGCCUUACAUCGUCGUGGAGCAAACCCACGUCGCCCCGAGUGCAUACUAUGGUAGCUCUCCUCGUAAAUACAGACUCAGCGGGCGUUCGAAUCCUAGCACUCGAGUGUUUGCUCGCGCGCCGCCGAUUUUAGCGCGCCUUCCAUCUCGAGCGACUUCCGCUACAGCAACGGGUCGCGUCAACAAACCCAACAUCACAACAACCAAUCUCGCAAAAACACCCACAUUGAGCAGCAUCAAAAAAAUUCUGGAAGAGAUUGGAAAGCUGACAAACAAGAAGCACAACAGGAUGAACGAGCACGAUUCCGGCGGAGGCGCCGCUGGCAACGAGAUGAGCUAUUCAGUUCUGCCGCCGAUGAUGAACAUGCAAGAUGGAGUCGAUGAGACGGUGACCAUGACACGAAGCGACCUCGAAAACAUCCGCGGCCACUUGCAGAUGCUGCAGAACGCGACCGCGACCAGCGAGCAACAUGUGUCAGAACAGCGCUUGGUUAUCGGUGAACUCGUCACUUUCAACCAUAGCAUCCACACCAUGGUGCAGCAACUAGAUAACCGCAUGGUGAAGGUAGAGUACGACAACACCAAUCUGCGCUCCAUGCUCACAUCUCACUCUGAUUUCACGAACGGCGUGCCUCAAUCCGCACCGGCAGUUCGCCCUACCUGGCAUCGUAGCGGCACCGGCAGACGCUCGCGUAGCCCAUCUCCUACGCAACUCGAGUACCGCGAUCGCGCAGGAUGGGAGGGUGGCGAGUCCAUCCCCACCGGCACUGUUUCGAGCGACGUCAAGAAGACGAAGGCGCGAAAGCAACUUCAGAUUCAGAUACCCGGGAAGAUAUCUGCCCCAUCCUUUGCAGCUGGCCUACCUACUCCGCUGACGAGGACUGCGACGACUCUAUCAGCCGGUCCCUCGGCGCUUUCAUCAAGCUUCCCCAAGACGCCGAUUACACCAGGUCGCAUUGGUCCCAACAGUAACAAGAAAUCGGCGACAGCGAUCAACAAGCGCAAGAUCCACAACCUCGAUAAGCUGGUUCCGCCUACCUAUGCGCAAAUCCCUAUCGUUCCUCUGACCGACACCGAAGUCAUCGUCUACUUCUUCCAGUCCCUAGCCCGCCCCAUCGUCGCUCUUCGCCUGUAUGCGCGAAACUGGGGCCCAGCUUCCAUCGUAGACGUACUGAACGAGCACCGCGACAUCAGCCCGCCGUAUCUGCGCAACACGGCCUCAGUCAAGUGCACGACGGCGAUCAAGAAGGGCCGGGACAAGUUCGGCGAUGAGUGGGAAGACGCCCAUCGCGAGGUAUUCCGGAAAGCCGACGACGUCAAGGCCACGGAUUUGAUCUAUCUGAGUGGCGACGAAGUCGACCUCGCUGUAGAUUACGACGUGCGCUCUUUGUCGGUCGGACUGCGUAAGCAUCCCAAGGACGGUGUAGAUGGUGGCAUCUUCACCCGCUGCGUCAAGUACUGCCAUGAGACUGGCGCGCCGUAUACGCUGUUCAACGUCUGGCAGCUCGCGGCUGACUUGCAGGAAGGUCGGGUGCCGCAGCAUCCGCCGUCCCCUAUCGCGCCCGGUGUGACCCCCCGCUUUCGUCGUGGACAGCUGAAGCUAGAUGACACUGAUGACGACUACGAGGACAUUCCGAGCCCGACUCCACGCCGCAAGGUGAUAGCGCCUCAGCGCCGUCGUCGUGGAAAUAUCAACACCUACACUUCCGCUGCCUCGGACUCCAGCAUGGGCUAUGAGGAUGACGCUGCCAUGUAA